GCUAGCAGAUAUGAAUGUCCAGCAGCCCAAGGCAGAGGCUGGUUGAAUCUGAGAGUAACAGUCCCCACAGUUUACUUUGAAGUGGCCUGCUGCUGUUUUCAGUUGGGGGGGAGGGGUCUGGUCUCAAUGGAAAUUAACUAGAGGACAGAAUGGGGAGAGGAUGCAUGCCAGAGUUUUCUUCUGAAAAGCUCAAUCCAUUCUGCGUUCAGCUCCUCUCCCAGUCACUUCAGAUACAGGCUGAGAGAGAAGGAGGAGUGAGGAAGGGAUUGGAGCAGGAGGCAGGGUUUGUGAUAAUCAAAGCAGGGAGCUGCUAAAGGAGGAAAAGCACACACAUCCACAACAAGUUGCUUCGUUGGUCCUACAGGAAGCUGAGAGUUUGGAUUUGAGGACCUGUGGACUUGACUGCGAUGGUGUUCCUGUUGAUAUCUGUGACUCUGCUGCACCUGGUCAUACUGACCAUGCUCUUCAUUGCCACCGUUGAGAAGUCCUGGUGGGUGUGGAAUGAAGUGCGCAACUCUGACCUCUGGUAUAACUGCAUGUUUGACAAUUCCACUGAAGCCUGGCUGUGCACCUCUGCAGAGGAGAAUGAAUGGCUGCCGCCCAUGCAGGCCCUGAUGGUUCUGGCGGUGCUCUUCUCCUCCCUUUCCUUCCUGGCCUUCCUGGUUCAGCUCUUCGUGCUCUCUGAAGGGGGGCUGUUCUACCUCACCGGCCUGAGCCAGCUGUGUGCGGGUCUCACAGAUUUUGCCGCCUGUCUCAUCUACACACUGCGUCACCGGAACAUUCUGCAGGACUCCAGCGAGGAGGGGCACUUUGGGUACUGCUUCAUCUUGGCGUGGGUGUGUGUUCCCCUCCUGUUGGCCAGCGGGGUCAUGUAUGUCCACCUGCGCAAGAAAGAGUGACAGGACAUCCAGCAGAGAUGCGUGGGUGUGUGAAAUUGGUGUGGGGUGGUGUUAUUAGGCAUCGCCUCAGUUGUGCACUGCAUCAUAUUGUUAUAGUUGUGUGUGAGUGUGUGUUUGUGUGUGUGUGUGUGUGUGUGCGUGCAUGUGUGUGUGUGUUUGUGUGUAUGUGUGUAUGCAUGCGUGUGCGUGUGUGUGUGUGUUGGGAGGCUUAAUCCCUAUUUCAUAUUCCAUCCUCUGUAUGCUGGCUUUAUGUUAAAGCAAGACUUGGAAACAAAUGCAAACAUUGUAAGUGCAUACACAUAGAGAGCAAGAGAGACACAUAUAGAAAGAGAGAGAUAGAGAGAGAUACAGUGGAAUUUGUGUAUAUAAUGAACUGACAAAUGUAUAUCAUAUUAUGCACUACCAGUCAAAGUCAAAAAUGAAUUUCAUUCCCUUAAUUGAUAACUGCUGUAUCAUUCAGAAAUCAACUGGUUUCUGCCUAAAGAUAGCUUUAAUUACCUUUUUUAUUUUAUUGAGCACAAGGAAACAAAGGUUUGUUUGGACCUUUCUGCUUAGUAAAACAAAAUAUUAAUCUUUGAAUACACCACGUUAGCCAUUUCAGGAACUUAAAUUUGGGCAAGGAUGAUGAUCAACCUGCAAAGAUACCUUUGUCAUGAGAAGUACGGUAUCGGCACCAGCCGCACACUGGUAUUGUACACGUAUCACCUUAUCACGUCUUCAUACCUCUGGCAUCCUGUUAUCUGAGGCCUCCAAAAUAAUUAUCUUCUGCACUUAUCUUUUGGUAAAGUUUCAGAUCGGUGGUUCUUGCUCAUUAAGAUAUCCAUAGUCUGUCUGGUGAGUACUUUAUUUGAAAUAAGAGUCUAUUUGCAUGUGUAGUGUAUGGAUGAUUUUUUUUUUAUACAUGCCUUUGUUUUGCCUGUACAGUAAGCAAAACAAAUAGGCCUAUGUAAUGUAUAACUACCAUUUUCAAUAAAAUCUUUUUUUUUGAAUGAA